AUGAGGCUUUCUCACUAUCAUGCCUUGACUCUGAUCCUCUUCCUUGAGCUGAAAGGCAGCUGCAUCCCUACAAGCGACAGGAGCGUCUUCGGUGAAGUUGGAGAGGGCAGUUGGAGUGCUCUGGGGCUGCGGCAGGAUCAGGGCGGAGUCUCGGCACAGUUCAGCAAGCUCGCAUUGCGAGGAGGAGCGAGGAGUUGGAUACUCCGCAGUCCUCAGAAGACAACUUUGAAUCUAACGAGUGCGAACGAGCUGGUCCAGGAGAAUGUUUCCUUCCUGUCUCCCAACCUCUCAAGCACUGCCAUCCUGGGAAACGUUAGCAACGCCUCUUUCUCGGCCCAGCCCUACACCAGCAGGAGCUUUUCUCCGUCUCCUCCUCCUGACUCACGAGAUCUACUUCGAAGCCCCGAGCAAGACUCCCGGUCGCAGUCGUCUCCGAGGUCGGACGUGCAGGAAGGCUCUCCUGCGCGUUCCCACGUGCCCAUGGCAGACACUCUGGGGGAGAAUGACACGCUGAGAGUGACAGUGGUGGAUCCGCAGGAGGAGCAUACUGGAACGAUCAUCUGGCUGCAUGGGAUGGGUCACGAAGCUCAAGAUUUUGUUGACGGCGACUUGCCCUGUGCUCUGGACGUCCCUUGGUGUCGCUUCAUCUUCCCUCAUGCUCCUCAGCCGCAGGAGGAUCAGAGGAAGGGAGGAAAGUCGCAGGAAGGCAGGUGGUUCGAAGGCGACCUCAAGUUCGACCAUCUGGGGGAGGUGGAGGGUCUGCAGAGGAGCGUGACGUUGGUCCAUCGCCUGAUCCGCGAGCAGACCUCCGGCAAAGGAGGAGUUCCUUCCAAGAGGAUCUGUCUGGUUGGGUUCGGGCAUGGGGGAAUCGUUGCCAUGCUCGCGGCCUUGACCUGCCGGCAGCAGGUGGGAGGGCUGGUCGUCCUCAGCUCCUGGUUCCCCAAGUUCCUAGCAGGACUCAGCGAUGGGUUCAGCAUUCAAGGGCUGACGCUCUCCCCGACCUCCCGUCGCACGCCGACGCUGGUGUGCCAUGGGCUGGGGGAUUCGAUCGUUCCUUGCAAGGAGGGGAAGGAGGCCAGCAUGAGGCUGACGAGCUUCGGGCUGAACGUGGAGUACAAGGAGUACGCGUUCAUGGCCCAUGACUUCUGCACUCCAGAGCUUGUCGACGUGCAGCGGUUCUUGGUACAGGGCGUCCCGAGAGUAGAGAGGCUGCUCUCUCUGAAGCACAACCCGUUCACCAAGUACGGGUUCGCGAUGCGGCAGGCGACUUGGGGCAUCAAGAAGAUGAAGAUAUGGGAGUCGAGGUACCUGGCGCUGGUGGACAACAACCUGAUUGGGUACGGCAGCGAGCGAGAGUUCACGAGCGGGAAGAAGCCUGUGGAGGAGUGGGACCUUGAGGUUGUCAGGAUCGCUCCCUGUGACAAGAAGAGAGCUGGGAAGAGCAUCGAGAUCGUGAUGGAGAAGGACAGGAGGUCCUUUCUGCUCUUCGACACCAUGAAGGAGCGCGACGAAUGGCUGCAGGCGCUGACCUCCUCCCAGACCUGGCAGAACGAGGAGAAGGAGAGGCAGCGGAGGGUGACCAUCAUGGAGAGUCAGAUGCACCUGGCCGCCGGGAGGGAGCAGGUGACGUCAUGCCUGGACUGGGACAUGGUCAGACGGCUGGUCAAAGUCGUUGGCUCUUUUCCGUCUCUCCUCUCCUUCACCGACCGAGCCAACAGGGAGGAGGACGAAGACCCGCCUCAGCGACCGGUUGACUGGUCCUACCUUGACUUCCUCCGCAGAACAGUCCCCUCCUUCCGCGCUCCCUGUAUUGUCUCAAGGAUCCCCCAGCCUGUUUCCUCCUUCCUUCCUGUCAACGUCUUCGCUGUCAACGAGCAGGAAGAAUCCUCCUCUUCCUCCUUCCACCUCUGGCGUUCGCGCAAACAUCGCAUGUCAACUCCUCAGUGGGAGAACCUCGUCUUCAGCGGAGGAGGCGUCAAGGUCUUGGCCUUCCCCCCUGCUCUUGCUGUGAUCGCCAACUGCUUCGGAGAUCAGAUGUGCUGGGAAGAUAUCGCAGACGAGACUGAACGAGCGACUGCGAUCCUUCAGACGCCCUCGACGCUUUCGCGCUUGCUCAACGACUUCGGCGCUGUCAAUGGAGAGAUUCUCGCGCAGAAAGUAGGCCAUGGUAAGGAGGUAGAUGAGAUCAUCCAUCGCUACACGGGCUUGUCCGGGGCUACUUUCAAGCAGCUCUAUGACCACACUGGAAUACUCCUCAAGAUUUUUGCGACUUCCCUGCGAAGUGGCGACCUGAUCGAGUUUUCUGCGAGCAGGACUCCCAACGAUCAGGUGGCCAUGGCAGCGAGGUGCUCCAUGAGCGUUCCCUUCCUCUUCGACGCUGUCUGGACGAAGGAGGGAGACAGGCUGGUGGAUGGAGCGGUGAUCGACAACUGCCCUGUCUGGUGCUUCGACGAGGACGACAACAGCACGAGGAGCAGGUCAGCAACCCUUGAGAACCAGAAGACCCUCGCGUUCUGGAUAGCGACUGGUCGAGAUCCGCAGCAGGAACAGUACAAGACUGACUCUAGAGUGCUGUGGGUCCAGGCCCCUGAGAUUCCCAUCUCAACCUUCCGCCUCGACCAUGCCAUGCAGGCCAAACUUUACGCGAGCGGAGCGAGGUCUGCGAGGGAGUACCUGUCAAGACAUCUUGUGCCGGGAUCAAUCAUGCGGAGCUGGCUGCUGCCCCACAUGGUGACACAGGGAGACGACGACACGAAGGCACACAGGCAGAAGUUCAAGCAGGACUCUGCUCUCCUUGCUCGCAUCAAGAGCUUCGUCCGGUUCUGGUUGACGCACAGGAGGCGAAAGCUUGCACUGCUCUCCCCUCUGAACAGGCAGGAAGUGACAGUAGCCGAGAAGACUACGAUCAGCUUACAGCGGAUGUAA